GGGUGCUGUAAGUUUUUUUUUUCUUUGUCCAGAUCAUUUGUAGUUGAAGCACACUUGCCACCUUUUAAAAGUGAUCUCCGCAGCUUUCCAGAAUCAUUGAAAUAUUCAUCUUGACCUGGAGAGUCGGUUUCUCUCUCAGUACAGAAUACCAUUAACAUGAACAAGAUCCUUUCAACCACUCUUUGCUUUGGACUCCUAACUUUGUUAUCUGUAACGAUCUUUUUAGAAUUGGUACAUGGACUGCCAUAUUUUAUCCAAGGAAAUGAAUUGUUUCCCAAUAAAGAAGACACAAAUCGUGAAGAACUAUUGCUGGCUCUACUGAAUAAAAUUUUUGAUUUUCAAAGACCUUCCAACAUCGAUGUAGAACUGGCUAACAAGUUGGAAGAAGUUAACCAACUGGAAAAGAUAAAAGAGCAGCUCAUGGAGGCAAAGGGUGUUGGGCUGUCCUAUGCUAUAGACGGUCUAUCUCCUUCGCAUCCUAAUAAGCGAGCUUGCUUUUGGAAGUACUGUGUCUGAAGUUUUUUCUCUGGAUGUAAAAAAGAUAAGGGCAUUAGAAAAAAAAUAUAUCUACUCACUCUGCUGCUUAAAGAUUGUAGCUACUUCAAACAAAAAAGACAGUGACAGAAUUUAUUGUAUAUAUUAUAUGCUUAAAGCUUAUGUUGUGAAUAAUAAUGCCUUAUCAAUUGCACUUUUGAAUGGCAUGGGACUAUCAGAAUGGCCUUGUAGAGCUAAAGUGGGGAGUGCUAUAUCUAUUGUAUGCCACUUAUAAAUUCAUGGUCUAUACAUAUUUUUGUCUGAUGAUGACUAGGCUGCUGCAUUAUCAAUUAAGACAUUUAAAAAGCAUCUUGGAAAAUUAAAAUAAAUUACACUGUCUCAAUUUAUGGAGAAAAUA